AAAAAUGUCAUCAAGAGCUGUCAUUUUAGAAACAUUUGGUUUUUAUUGAAAACGCAAAAUAAUGCUUUUUAUUCUCGGCAGAUUUUAGUAUUCAAAUAAUUUGUCAAGUCAUUAAAUUUCGCAGCCACAUAUAUCUGCCAUGGAGGACGUUUUAGAUGAAGUAGUUUCGUCGGAAGAUUUACAAAAGUUCGAGCGCGUAUUCCACGAGCAGCUGCAUCAGGGGAAGGUGACGCACAAGGCGCAGUUCGAGUACGCGUGGUGUCUGGUCCGCAGCAAGUACCCCACCGACAUACGAAAGGGUAUCCUCCUUCUGAAGGAGCUGUUCAACUCGCAUGCGGAGGGCAAGCGGGACUACCUGUUCUACCUGGCCAUCGGCAAUGCCAGGAUUAAGGAGUACAACAAGGCACUGCACUAUGUAAAGGCAUUCCUCGAGAUUGAGCCCGCCAACCAGCAGGUGUUGGCUCUAGAGCGUCAAAUCAACAAGCGCAUGGAGAAGGAGGGCCUGAUCGGCAUGGCGGUGGCGGGCGGCGCCGUGCUGGCGCUCGGCGGGCUGGUCGGGCUCGGCAUCGCGCUCGCCUCCAAGAAAUAGCAUUGGGCCCUCCUAAUGAACGCCGUAUUUGGUGUUCAUUACCUCCUUCGCAAGAGGAGGCCGAGCAGGGAGCGCUAGCCGUCGCUCUACACCGACACGAGUCGACACACACAAACUAUGAAUUUUUUUCACAUGAUAACUUUUGUACAAACCGUGAAUGACAAUUAAACCUUAAAAUUGUAAAGUGAAACUUGUUUCAACAGUCGACGAUUUUUUGUUUCUGUCGUAGAUUUUGUAGUUAGCUGAUAGCUGUACAGCCGCUAGGUAGUCGGUACUUUAUGUGAUAUAAUAUGUGUAAUGUAUUUAUUCCUCUAGCUUUAGGCACCACUUUAUUUUUAAGAGCAUGUGAUGAUUAAUAUUGAAUUAUUUUGUCAAAGCGAUUCCAUUAAAUAAAUACAUUUUUGAUUUGAA